CGGCCCGCCCCGCUGCCCCUCUCCUCAGGUGGCGGCGGCGACGAUGGCGACGUAUGUGAGCGAGCUGGAGGCGGCCAAGAAGAGCCUGAGCGAGGCGCUGGGCGAGAACGUGAAGCAGUACUGGGCCAACUUGAAGCUCUGGUUCAAGCAAAAGAUCAGUAAGGAGGAGUUUGACCUGGAAGCACGCAGGCUUCUCACGCAAGACAAUGUCCACUCUCACAACGAUUUCCUCCUGGCUAUUCUUACCCGAUGCCAGAUCUUGGUUUCUGCACCAGAAGGUGCUGGAUCUCUGCCAUGGCCAGGUGGCUCUGCAACUAAACCUGGAAAACCCAAGGGAAAGAAAAAGAUUUCUUCGGUUCGACAAAAGUUUGAUCACCGAUUCCAGCCUCAGAAUCCGCUGUCUGGAGCCCAGCAAUUUGUGGCAAAGGAUCCUCAGGAGGAUGACGACUUGAAGCUGUGUUCUCAUACCAUGAUGCUUCCUACACGUGGCCAGCUAGAAGGAAGGAUGAUCGUAACAGCGUAUGAGCACGGGCUAGACAAUGUCACAGAGGAGGCAGUGACCGCAGUUGUUUAUGCUGUGGAGAACCAUCUUAAGGAUAUUCUGACAUCUGUGAUAUCCAGGCGGAAAGCCUAUCGCCUGAGAGAUGGCCAUUUCAAGUAUGCCUUCGGAAGCAAUGUUAACCCUCAGCCAUACCUGAAGAACAGUGUUGUUGCUUAUAACAAUUUGAUUGAGUGCCCUCCAAACUGCGCGACACCUUCUGCCGGUCAGACUCUAGCUCCCCAGCCCCCGCCCGAUGAUGCUGAGCAGCAGGCAGCUCUACUCCUAGCGUGCUCUGGAGACACCUUACCAGCAUCCCUCCCACCAGUGAACAUGUAUGACCUUUUUGAGGCAUUACAGCUGCGUAAGAAGGGCGAACUCUUCCUCUGUAGCAAGACUGCAGUGAUUAUAUCAGAACUGAGCUAGACUGAGAUUUUGACAGCGAUGCAGCAGAAUGACUUGCCUGGCACAUCCCUUCUUAGUCCUCAUGUUCUACCUGGGUACUUAAGAGGAAUACUUGGUCCUGGCAUGCAGGCUGCUGCAGCGCGUUAGCUAUGAUCACACCAACCUAAGGUAGGCUGGAUGAAUCUUCCUGUGGAGAUGUAUGUCUGUGGUUCCCUCCCUCUCUGGCAGCUCUGGGGACAUUCAGACUACUUUGAAUGUCUAAAAUUAGCUGUGAGAAAUUCCCCCUUGAUCUCUGCUAUUGUGAACAGGCCUUGUGAUUUUUAUCUCAAGGCUGUGGAGGCAGACCAUUCAUUGUAAGAGCUGUAAUCAAGCAUUUGUCUGACGUGUUUCGUCAGAUAGAAUUGUUUGUAAGAUUUUGAUGACAAAUUGUUGUUUGUCAUCGCAAGAGCAAGAUGACAAUUUCCUUACCAUGCCACUCCCUUACAAAAUGGCGUAACAGGCGGUUGUUCUGUGUUGGCUGGUGUGGCAGUGCUGGCAAGUUGCAGCUCUCCUCAUGUGUGACAGCCUGCAUUCCUGCUCUGCGGGGCUGGCGCUCUGAUCAUCCUGUAGUAGAGGGAGGUUCUUCCAUGGGCAAUAUGGGCAAACGUCUAUGAAAGCACGGAACUUGUUUUCUAACGUAUAU